AAAUAAGUACUAAUUUAUUAAAUACUACUAGUAUUUAAUUGCAGAAAUAAUAUGAAUCUUCAUGCAAAAAAAAAAAUUUUGAAUCAAAAUGAAAGUUUUAUGAUUAAAAACAAUAAUAAACAUUUAGAAAAAUACUACGACGAGCAUGUGGAUAAAACGUUGCCAGAGGAUUAUCAUCGAGGAGACAUAACGUCAUUAAAAAGAAUGCUUGCUUAUUUUGAUGCUAUGAUGGCGGCUUGUGCCACAUUUCUAGUCAUUCCUUUAAGAAAUUUAGAUUUACAAGAAGAUACACAAUCUCUGCUUCAGUUUCUUGCCUCGAUUUCCAGCGAAUUAAUUGAAUAUUUUGUGGGGUUUCAAAUUGUUCUUAUAAUUUGGGAAAACAUGAACAACCGAGCAAUCGUAAUAAAACGAGUGGAUGACUUUAUUCUGACGUUAGUAAUAUUUGAAAUGCUAGUAACUUCCUUCCUUCCUUUUUCUUUGGCUUUGCAAGGACAUUAUCCUCGCGAGAAAGUUUCAUUUUUAACAACUUGCGUUAUUUUAGGUAUACUUCAAGUAAUAGAUAUCGUCAUAGUUUUGUACGCCAUACAUUCGCCAAAUCUACUCCAUGUUAAUUUAAAAAAUUGGACAAAGUCUGAACUUCAAGACUUAAUUCUUAUAAUGGUUUUUAGACCAUUAGUUAGCUUUUUUUUAAUAAUAAUUGCUGGUGCAUUUGUUUUAGUUCACUACGGUGUGUCUUGGGCUUUUAUUGCAUUGUUGAUUAUCAUACCAACAAUCCGAAAAAUUUAUUGGUUUGUUCGGAGACGAGUGAAAAAGUUGGAACUAACAGAAAAAAAUCUUUUUUUGGAUCAUUUUUGUAAGGGUAAUGUUCCAAAAGAGCGAGUUGAAAUAAUGAGUGAUGCGGCUGUUGCCAUAGUUGCUUGUAUACUUAUUCUUGAUAUUACUGAUAAAAAAUUUCCUAAAAAAGUAGACGUUAACGAAAAUGGCCUUGUCUACAAGUUGAGUGACAUGGCUUCAGAGUUUUUUAUUUAUGUUGCUUCAUUUUGUUUAGUUUCUGCUCUAUGGUACGUUAACUAUGCAGUUCUUCAUUUGUUCAAAACUGUUAACAGCGUUGUAUUAUACCUUCAAAAAGCAUUUCUCUUAUUUUGCUGUCUUUGUCCUUUAGCUGGAAAUAUGGUAUUACUUAUUACAAAUAAAGAUAAUAUUGAAACCAAUAUUGCUAUCCGUUAUUCAGCUGGAAUUAUUUUUUUUUCAAGUAUUUCAAACUUCUUUAUUGUUGUGUAUGGUUUGCUUACCGGAGAGAAAUACUUUCACGAAUGGGCUUCAGUUAAGCAUUUCAAGAAAAACAAACGUGAACAUUUAUACACUUUGGCUAAAGUUUUAAAUUUACCAUUUUGGUCAAUAUUUUGCUUUUUAGGAAGUUUAGGAUCGUCUUCUUCAGCAAUUUAUAUAUUAUACAUAACUUCCUUUGGUGCACCUUUUUCAUUUUUUGCUUUUAAAUUUAUUUUUAUGAAUUAUCUCAGUAAAAUAACAGCAUUAUUUUUACGUCAAAAUUACCUUGUUAAAGAAAAUAAAGAACUUUACGCGAGUAAAGAAAUAAGUUUGCGACAAAUGUCUUUUUCCACUGUACGUCUUGAUAAUUACGUCAUUAGAAACGAGAACUUUAAUUAGAUAAACUCUAUUCUUUUAAACAUGAACUAUGAUUAGAUAGUUAUGUCAUUAAAAAUAAUGAAACAAAACAUGUUAACAGAAAAUAAAGUGUUUUUUUUAUAGUAUAAUAUAAUGGA